UUCAGUUAAAAUAAUAAAUCGAUAAAAAAACAACAACAACAAUAAAGACCCAAAAAUGUCGGGAAUCAUGAACAAGAUCGGUGAGGCCCUCCACGUGGGAGGUGAUCACAAGAAAGAGGAGGAGAAGCACAAGGGAGAGGCUCAUCAUGAUGCCGGCCACGGCCACGGCGAGCACAAGGGAGACGCCGCUCACGGCCACGACAAGGGCGAGCACAAGGAAGGCAUAAUUGAGAAGAUCAAGGACAAGAUCCACGGCGAUGGAAGUAAGGAACACGGUCACGAUGGCGAGAAGGAGAAGAAGAAGAAGAAGGAGAAGAAGAAGCACGAAGAUGGCCACGAAAGCAGCAGCAGCAGUGAUAGUGAUUAGAUCCCCACCAUCACCGUCGUGUUGCAGGUGCAUGGGAUGAAUGUGAAGGCUUGUCAAGAUAUUUGUAUUUGCUAUGCAUUUGACUUUGUGGGGGAAAAA